CGGACCCGGCACCGGAAGCCAGGCUUCUACUUCCGGGCCAAAGCCAUGGCGGUGGCAAAUUCAAGUCCAGUCAAUCCAGUGGUCUUCUUUGAUGUCAGCAUUGGCGGCCAGGAAGUUGGUCGCAUGAAGAUCGAGCUCUUUGCAGACGUGGUGCCUAAGACGGCAGAGAACUUUAGGCAAUUCUGCACUGGAGAGUUCAGAAAAGAUGGCGUUCCGAUAGGAUACAAAGGUAGCACCUUCCACAGGGUCAUAAAGGAUUUCAUGAUUCAGGGUGGAGAUUUUGUUAAUGGCGAUGGUACUGGAGUUGCCAGUAUUUACCGGGGCCCAUUUGCAGAUGAAAAUUUUAAACUUAGACACUCGGCUCCAGGCCUGCUUUCCAUGGCCAACAGUGGUCCCAGUACAAAUGGCUGCCAGUUCUUUAUCACGUGUUCUAAGUGUGACUGGCUAGAUGGAAAGCAUGUAGUGUUUGGAAAAAUCAUUGAUGGACUUCUAGUGAUGAGGAAGAUCGAGAAUGUUCCCACAGGGCCCAACAAUAAGCCCAAAUUGCCAGUGGUGAUCUCCCAGUGUGGGGAAAUGUAAUCUAGACAAGACCGAACCAGAAAUGUUGGGGAAAUGUUGAUUAAUCACCCACAAGCGUGCAGCUAGAGUGACCAGUGGUUGACAUUUGCUGUGGACAUCCUGUCUCCUCCCUCUGUUCCCAUGCCACAUCCUCUCCUCCUUAACUUCCUGCCCUCAGUGCUUUUGUUCUCAUGCCCAAACUACAGACCUCUGACACUUCACCCCUAAGCACUUCACAAGGAGCCCCUAAACGUGAGGCUGUCCUAAAUAAACAAAAUGACAUUUGAAAUACAUGGUACAUAUUCCAGACUAACACCACACACACACACACACACACACACACACACACACACACACACACACACACACAGGGUUUCUCUGUGUAGCCCUGGCUGUCCUGGAACUCACUCUGUAGACCAGGCUGGCCUUGAACUUAGAAAUCCGCUUGCUUCUGCCUCCCAAAUGCUGGGAUUAAAGGCGUGCGCCACCACCGCCCGGCCCAGACUAACUUUUAAAUCAAACAAAUUUUAUUUGUAGUGCUAGGGACUGAAUCAAGUUUGUGCAUUUGAGCAAAGUACAUUACCACUGUGCUGCACCCUCAGUCCCGCUUCUGUAGAUGGACGCAAAUAUGCACGCAGGUACCCUGGCCAGACAUGUUGGUAGACUUCCCCUACUCCCAGCCACUUGAAGGGCUGAGGCAGGGGCAUCACCGGAGAAGGUUUAGAGAACAGCCUGAGUAAACCCUCCACCAAAGUCCUUGUAUUUUCUUGUUUGAUUUUUUUCAUUUGUUUGUUUUAAUGUGUAUGUUUCCCUGCAUGCACGUUUGUGUAACACUUGUAUGCCUGGUGUCGACAGAACCAGAAGAGGGCAUCCAGCUCUCUUGGAGUUAUAAGUGCUUAUAGGCCAUUGUGUGGGUGCUGGGACUUGAACCUGGGUCCUCUGUAAGAACAGCAAAUGCUCUUAAUCACUGAGGCGUCUCUCCAGCCCCUGCUUGUUUAUUUUUAAUUGCAUGAGUAGCACAAUACAAUUUCCAAGUGAAAACUUUCAACACCAAAAUAAUGACGUAGAAGCCACUCUUCCUCCCAGAAGUCACUUGUCAGUGAGGUGUGUUCACCUUUGUCAGUCUGUUUUGGGGAAGAUUUUUUUUUCUUAAAUGACAUCAUGCUAUAGUACUCCUCUUGCUUCUUUUCCCCUUCUUUUUAUUGUGUAUGUGUCUGGGUUGGGGGUGUGUGCGUGUGAGUCCAUGGACCUCCUUAGAGCUUGUCCUAGGAGUUUUCAGCUGCUGAGUACUGGCUCUUCUGUAAGAAUGUCAGUGCCACUAACCACUAAGCCAUCUCUCCACCCAUACCUAGUUCUUCGCCUCAGCCUCCCUGUUGCUGAGGUAAAAUAUUACCACACCUAGCUAGAUAUGGUGGGGCACGCCUUCAAUCCCUGCGUUCAGGAGGCUGUAGCAGGCAGAUAAGAUCUCUGAGUUUGAGGCUGGCCUGAUCUACAGAGCAAGUUCCAGGACAGCUACACAGGAAAACAAAAAAAUUUUUUUUAAUUUUUUUUGCUAAGUGUGGUACUACUACACAUCUAUAAUUCUGUAAUCCCAGCCAGGGAGAGAUGGAAAAGAGUCUGACAAGAUUAAGGACUGUCUGGACUUUAGAAUGAAUUCAAGGCUAGCCUGGCAACUUAGACUCUGUGUAAGAGAGGACAGAUAAAGGUUCUGGGUACCAGGCUUGUGGGCCAGAGUUUGAUCCCCAAGACCCCGUGGAGGAAAGAGAGAACCGACUCCUGCGAAGUGUUCUCUGACAUAUGUUGUGGCUUCACGAAACUGUAUGCAUAUGUGCAAAAUAAACGAAUGUAAUUGUUUUAUAAGGGCUGGGUGUGGAGGGUUGUACUUAGAGUCUCAGCAUUUGGAGGCUAAGGUAAAAUUGCCACAAGUUCAAGGCGAGCCAGGGCAGCCGCUUCUUGGCUACUGAGAAAAAGAAGCUGGGCUGCUCAGGAAUGCAAAGCAUCUACAGGUGAAGUGGAACUUCUGGUUUCUUUGGAAAGUCAGUUUUGUCAAAUGAUGUUUUGUUGGGGCACACAGGUAGAAGGAUGUUUUCUAAACAGACACAUGAAAGAGUGUUUUGCUGAAGCAGGCACAGAAAGAAAUACACCAAAAACCUUCUGGUGGGGUUCUGGCGGCUUCUUCCUGCUUCCUUGGACUUGGGCAGAACGGCAGAGUGAUGUCAGCUGAUACUGACUCACGUGGUGUUUUGCUGAAGCCAGAACUCUGUGGGAGGACACCUGAUUGUUGGAGGAAGUAUAAAUAAGACUUAAUGGACAGUGACGGUGGGCUUGCAUAGCUAGCUUUGCAACACGUUUUUGUCUUCACUGAUCUUCACUGUGUUGAGAGAAGCAUGGCAGAGAACUUUGCUUGAUGUCCCUGCCAGCUCUGGUAAACCCUGCUGACUCAAAUGCCAGUUCAGUGGAGGCCUGGCUGUUUCUGCUGGGUUAUGCCAUAGCUGCUGAUUUGUGUUUGCUACCCUGAACUGGGCAGCUGGUAUCCUGACAAUUGGAGAUUGAAAUCGUCCCAAGGAACUACUUCUAAACUGAAUACAGCAGAGCCUCUCUGUU